AUGUACCCAAACCUUUCUUUCAUGAAAACACCCUCAUUCAUGCCAUCAUGGCCCCCGGCGACUCCCAAUGCCUCUCUGGACGCUGUGGGUCUGGUCGCCCUGGCUGACCUGACCACGAUCCAAGAACGAACAGUUCUAACAGGGAAUGCAUGGUUGAUGGAUUUACUGAUUCUAUGCCCCGGAAUUCAUAUGCAACAAAAGUCUACGAGCCUCAAUGGUGGCGAGUAUCCUGCUUGCGCAAAUAUGACUUCGGGAUAUGUCUUUCGUGUUGAGAAUCAGGCAACUGUCUACUACCUGCAGCGUAUGGGUAAAACUGGACACUUGACGACUCUCAAUGUGUCUAAGAUCAAUCGUCUUGGAGUAAACGAGUCUGGUAAUCGAUCUUCAUGGUACUCUCGGACUCGAGCUGUCCUGUGGCCUGCUUCUAAUACGUCUGCUCUUGCUAUGUCCGCAUAUGUAGCAGCUAUUCUGUGGGGAGUCGCGGUCAUUGGUCUCCUAGGAGCCUUACGUGACUGGUGGGGACUUGGCUUUGUUCUCAUGUUGAUGGUCGCGCGACUAAUUAAUAUGAUUGUCAUUCGCCGCAGAGCGAAGCCAGGAUGGUUUGGCGCCUCAGAAGGUGAUGUCCGAGGAGAUAACCUGAUUCUUCUCAGCCAAGACCGAUGGAUCAGGAUCAAAGGCCUUGUUGAUGAUUUGAAAGCUAUUACUUCCGGUCAAUGGCUUCGAGAUCCAACCAUGGUCGAAAGCUGGUUGACUGCCAUUGCCACCAUGGUCGUGUACCUUGCGGCAGCAUUGGUAAUCAACGCGACACAGUUUGGAAAGAUCCUGAUUCUCUUUCUUCUGAGUGGUUCAGUGGCUCUGUUGGCUGUGUCGAAUUCCUUGACGGACAAGCUCUUGAUGCAUGGGUACAUUCUUGAAGCAGCAGAUAGUAAACCCAAGUAUUAUAAACGCCGUGCGGAACUUGCUGAUGAACUCAUCAAAGAGACGGGACGCGAUGAUUGGGCUUUGAGUAUGGGCAUGAUUCCGAGUAAGGGUAGUUUAGAAGGGAAGGCUGCGACAGGACCUGUGGUAAUGUGA